AUGUAUCGAAACUAUGGGAACUUUGGGAGAGGAAACAACCCAGACCUCUCCGGUGACAGCUCUGGAUCAAGUUCAUCUAACGUUACUUUACCUACAAGCACUGUCACUACACAGCAGCAGGAGCAAAAGUUUACAUCAGCAGGAUCCAGUCAGUUUGUGCCCAGUCUCAAUGCCAUAACUUCAAACCAAGACUUGCAGUGGCUGGUUCAGCCCUCAGUUUUCUCUAUGCCAGGCCCAUCUAGAGCACCUCCUCGCCCUCCUUACCCACUGCCACCAAGACCUGGAUCUGUAAAUCCUCAGCUAACCCAAUCACCUUUUCUUAGACCGGGAGUCAUCACAGCAGCAACAAUGUCAAGUAGCUCAACAAGACACAAGAAUGAUGAACAUUUAUCCAUAGAAGAAUUGGAAAGGCGCAGAGUAAGAAGAGAACGAAACAAACAGGCUGCUGCAAAGUGCAGGAAUCGCCGACGUGAACUGACCGACUCACUUCAAAAUCAGACCGAUGAGCUUGAAGACAAGAAGUCCCAGCUGCAGAAGGAGAUUGAGGAGCUGCAGAAGCAAAAAGAAAAGCUUGAACUGGUUCUUGAGGCCCAUCGACCCAUUUGCAAAAUUCAGGAUUCUGAUUCGGACUCUGACUCUAGUACUAUUCUUCCUAUCUUGGGUGGAAUCAAAAUUGAGUCUGUGGAUUCAGAGCUUCCUGGACCUUCUAGAGAAUGCAAGAUUCAGACCAAGCAGGAGAAACCAAAACCAAAAAUUAGCAUUCCACCUCCACCUACAACCUUCUCUGCUGGUACUAUUAAUACAGAUUCAGAUACACUCCACACCCCGGUCCUCAUUGCCACUCCAACUUUGACUCCAUUUACUACUAGCCUGGUUUUCAACUAUCCCACUGGCUCACUUGAUACUAGUGCUCCUACAUUGUCCGAACCGCUAAACCUAAUUUCCUCAUACACAUCUCUGCAUGGUACCCACCCCUCACUAAACCCAGAGCCAUGUGGUAUUGCCCAUCGGCGUAGCAGUAGUAGCGGAGACCAGUCUGAUCAAUCGCUUAAUUCACCAACCAUCCUGACCCUUUAAAGGCAAAUAAAGUCAUUUGUAUGUCUUUUAAACCCACCUUCCACUAAGACAUGUGGAUCCAGCCAUCUCCUCUUUAAACCAAAGGUAUUGCAAAUUUCAGGAUCGUCAAGAUGUUUGGAGCCGUGUUCUGACUGCCUCUACAAGCUCUAAUUGGCUAGUUUUGCUUUCAUUGUUUGGUUGGGGGGGGGCACAUUCCUCUCGACAAAAGCAGGGCCAAUUCUGCUCUACCUGGUUCCUGGUCACGAAAGGCUAUGGCACUGUCAGCGAUUGACCUUGUCUCCCUAUAAAAGGGUGAAUGCUAUUCUGUUAUAGCAGAAAAAGAAUAUAUUUAUGUAGUAUAUUUUGUUAGGACUAGACAUUUAAACAUGU